UUUUUUUUUCCUCAUCCCGAAACCCCUAAUUUAGAACGAAAAGACCCCUUAAUUUUUUCUCAUUCGAGAAAAUUCGAAGGAGGAGAAGAGCAAUGUCAAGUCUUCCUGAAGAGAUGUACCUCGAGAUUCUUCUAAGAUUACCAGUGAAAUUCACAUACAUAUGUAAUUGCAAUGGCUUCCUCCGCCUUCUUCUUCCACUUACAGAUCUGUCAUGGAUUCAACUGAAAUGAGUUGGCGCUUCAUUUUGUUUUAUUCUGAUUAUUUAUCUCAUCAUUAGUUCUGUUUAUUUUCUUCACCUGAAACUGAUGGCGGCUUCAUUACCAAUCUGAGAAACCGUGAGGAGAUGGGGAAAUUCAAAGAUGAAAUUGGUUGCAAUGAAACAAGCCGUUGCUGCUAAUGGAAGAAUCAAGAAAUGGGGUAUGUUUGAAUUUUUAUUACAUAAGAUUUUGUGUCUUGGAUUUGGUCGUUGUUGAAGAAAUCAGAGAAGAAAUCUGAGUUUGCUGUUGAUUUGAGAAGGUUGCUGGUGGGUUCAAAGAAUAGGGUGUAGCUGUUCGAUUCAGAAGGAAAGAAGGAACUGAAAUGGGUGCUUUCAUCAGUUUCUUAACUAUUUUUUUUACUCUGGUGUUGGAGUUAGGGUUACGAGAUUGAGAAGAUGAAGCUGGUUCUGAACCGAAAAUGAGACAGAGACGAAGAAUUGAAGCUGAUGAAAUCGAUGGGUUUCUGUGGUUGUUCACUGAAGUAUAGAUUGGAGUGAUUCAGGAAUUAGAAGUUAGGGUUCGAGCUCAGAUAAAAUGGGUUUCUUCUUGAGUUCGAAUUGGCAGCAAAUGAUGUUUAUGACUGGUCUGUGAAUGUUUUGGAGACAGGGGUUUGUGUUGGAUUCAUGAGUAAUUGCAGAUCUGAUUUGGAGAUGGGUUUUGAACUGAGAAUGGUUGAUGCAGGGAGGAUGGAUUUCUGGAGCAGAUGGAGCUGAAUUAGGGUUCUACAGCAAUUGAUGAAGCGGAGAAGACAUAAAUGAAGAGAGAAUCAAAGAAGAAAUUGGGGGUUCCAUUAGAGAAUAAUCAGGUCUGUAAACAGUGGGUUUGUGUUGUAUUUGAAGAAUACACACAAGAAGACAAGGUUGAGCUGUUGAAUUCAUAGAGAGUAUGGAAGUGAAUGAAAUGGGUAUGAAAUGCUGCUGCAAUGAGGAACUGGUGGUGCUGUUUUAGUAACAUGGCUUGAGCUGUGGAAAUAGAUGAGUUGUUGAUUCUGGUGGUGAUUCAUGAAGCUAUACAGUGGCUGUGAAAGGGAUUUGGUGAUUGCAUUGAUUGUCAACAAAAAGAGAAGACCUCAGCUCAAAGAGUUGAUCAAAGUCAUCCAGCAAGAGCAAUCUGCAUACAAGGAUCCCAUCACUGAGUUCUUGUACUGCUUGUAUGUCAACUAUGACUUCGAUGGUCCACAACAAAAGCUUCGUGAAUACGAGGAUGUGAUUUUGAAUGAUCCAUUCCUUGGUAAAUGAGCUGAUGAAGAAGGAAACUUUAGUACCGUUCCUUUGAGGGAUGAAUUUCUUGAAAAGCCCGUCUCUUCAUCUUUGAGGUAUACUGCAGAAUCCACCAGCGCAUUGAUAUAGGAACUCUUGCCGAGAAGUUGAAUAUGAAUUUUGAUGAGGCAGAGAGAUGGAUAGUGAAUCUUGUUCAGAAUGCAAAGCUUGAUGCUAAGAUUGAUUCUAAGCUGGGAACUGUUGUUAUGGAACCCACAUCUCUCAAUGUUUUUAUGCCUAUUCGUACUGGUGCAGAGAAGGACCUCCGAUUUGUAUAUUGUGCUGCUGCCAUAUCUUAUUUAUUGAAUGAUGAUUGGAGUGGGAUGGAUAUAUGGAAAGCCAAGGAAUAUAUAGUGAACUGUCAGCCGUAUGAUGGGGGAUUUCUACUGCACUGCAGACAUGGAAAAGACGGGCAGUGUUAUUGGCUGUUUGAGGAAAAUGCAGAAUUGGUGUUUUCCUGCUGUACUUGAAGAGUACCUGCGAUUUGCAGGUGCUAAAGCUAUGCCAACUGAUAUGAUGUUCAUUGAAAACUAUGGCACUUCACGUCUAAGCCAGUGCCUCUACCGUAUCAUCUACCUCUGUUUCCCAUAAUCGUCGUUGGUUUACCAAGAAGAGAGUGUGUAGCAAAUACGGAUCACUUCCAUUUAGCAAUGUAACCCAGACUACCAUACUGGAACGGGUAUGCUACUGCCACAUUUGUAGCGGAGGCCCAUAUCUGUGUUUUACGAUUUAUGUAUGAUAUUUUUAUUCAUGUUCAAAGAAUCUAUCAUUUUCUUUUCUUUCGUUGCCCAACUCACUUUCAUACAAUGUGAUUUGAAGUUAGCCAGGUAAUGCAAUUGGAGUGGCAGGUCUUGAAUGAAUGUAAAUGGCAGGUUCAUAUGAAAUUAUGAAUGUGAAAUACUUUUGG